ACUAUAAAAAAGUAUGUCGGAUAACGUUUACAAACAAGGAUUUUCGAAUAUUUAAAACAUUUGGCGACGUUUUACUUAUCUCAAAUAUCUGUCAUGGAUAACACAAGUUAUUUAAAUCAAUGUGACAUCAAAAUUAUUUCGAUACCUGUAAAAUAUCGGCGUUCGUGCUCAUUUGAAAAUCGUUCGUGCUAGAAUCGAAUUUGCCUCAUAGUUGUCAAGACAAGAUAAUGUACAGCUCGCAUUCCAAGUUUAGAGGCAGUUAUGAUCUAGAAUAUGUUUCAAUGCGUAAAAAUUGUGUGUUUCCUAUUGUCCUAACAUGUGGUGACUCCAAGCCAAAAGACUUGGAGUUUUUGGAUGAGUUUAAUGAAGAUUUGAAGGGUAUUCUAGAGAGGGGAGUCCAAGAUGGUGAAAAGGUUCUGACUGUUACAAUAAGGGGCAUUGUUUGUGAUGCUCCUGCAAGAGCACUUGUUAAAGGCUUUUCAACCGUCAAUGAAAUCUUAUCAACAAAUUCUAGAAAUUUGCCGGUGUACAGCGAGCUGAUCUCCCUUGCAGAAAAAGAUUUAUAUGACGGUGAACUAGCACCAGAAAUCCUAAACACAAAGGAUCAUGCAAUAACUUCCACAUCUACUAGAAGGACACCAUCUCAGCGUAGUGAUAUAAGCAACGUCUCUUCACAAGAAAUUCCUACAACUGGCACAAUAAGAGAAAGACAUUCUCAACGAAACAGUGGUGUCUUAGAUGCGUAUGACCUUUCAUCGCACGAAACGCCUUCGACAAGUUUUAUGAGCAUAACACCUGCAGGAAGACGUUCUCAACCAAACAAUGGCUUCCAAAGAUCAGUUCUCACCAAACUGGAAACAUUAAUUGAUAAGCUAGAAGAAACGUAGUCAAUAUUGCGUGCUCUGUUAAGCAAUAAGAAAGGUGUAGACGAGCACGAAAUUUUGAAA